GUCACGGUGGUGCUCCCGGUACCGGGCCCUCCCUCCGCCCGCCGCCCCCGCCGGGCGCUGGGCUCCCGCGGGUGGUUCCGCCUUCCCGGCCCCGCGGCUCUAGGGGAAGGCCGGAGCCGGUGGUUUCGUGCGGGCGCUGCCCUGCCGCGCUCGGCGGAGGAGCGGGGCCUCCCCCGGUCCCCGCCGGCUCGCAGCCGUCGCUCUGCCGCGGUGCCCGGGGACACCGUCACGCACAGCUGCGAGCGGAGCUGCCGGGGCUGGGCUCCGCUCGCUGCCCGGCUGAGUGCGAGCCCUCCCUGCCGCGGCCGUGGCGGGCACUGUCACGGCGGGCAGGGAGCUGCGGCUCUGCCUUUGGCUCUCCCCAAACACGUGUGGAUGUUCUCCCUAUUAAUGAACUCUGAGGAUGUCCGGUGUAAAUGCAUCUGCCCUCCUUACAAGGACCACUCAGGCCAUAUUUACAACAAAAAUGUUUCACAGAAAGAUUGUGAUUGUCUCCAUGUGGUGGAGCCUAUGCCUGUCCCUGGACCUGAUGUAGAAGCUUAUUGCUUACGUUGUGAGUGCAAAUAUGAGGAGAGAAGCUCAGUCACAAUUAAGGUGACAAUCAUCAUAUACCUGUCCAUUUUGGGCCUGCUUCUUCUGUACAUGGUGUACCUUACCCUGGUGGAACCCAUCCUGAAGAGGCGUCUCCUUGGACACUCACAGCUCAUACAAAGUGAUGAAGACAUUGGGGACCACCAGCCCUUCGCCAACGCCCACGACGUGCUGGCGCGCUCGCGCAGCCGCGCCAACGUGCUCAACAAGGUGGAGUACGCGCAGCAGCGCUGGAAGCUGCAGGUGCAGGAGCAGCGCAAGUCCGUCUUCGACCGGCACGUCGUGCUCAGCUAAGCGGGGCUCGGGCAAGGAGCCCCGGGGAUGCAAAGAGCUGAUAGAAGUCUUCCUGAUCCUGCCAAUUCAUAAGAGUUUUCUUGAAUGAUUUGUUAUUGAUUUAAAAAAAAAAACAAACAAACAACAAAUUAAAGGAGUGUUUGAACUUUGGAGGGAUGUACUGGAGUGGAAGGAGUUUAAACAGAUUAGUUAAUCAAAAGCUUAAAUCUUUACGUUUUCAAAUGGCUUUUACUAACAAAACUGAAAAGAAAACAAACCCUAAGAUACCUUGGGUUGCCACUGUGGUACAUUAUUUACAGUUGUGACUUUAUGGUGAUUUUUAACUAUAUAUUUCUCUCUAUUUAUGUGGUUAAAAAGUACCUGGGAACACAGUAAUAACUUGCAACUCACUAAUCACUUUAUGUAAAGACCUUUUGUAAAUAUACUUGGAUUUUCUGCUGAUUGAUGCUAGGUACUGGAAAUCAAAAUCUUGCAGUGUAGUUUUGGUCUCAGAGAAUGAAACCCUGCUGGCUGUGUUCAUUUGGUUUCUUGCACUCGUACUUUCAAGAUGCUUGUAUGGCAAGUGAUGUCUGCAGACUUGAGGCAAAACAUAAGUGGACACUGACUCCUGGAGCUGCAUAUUUCAAGUACUGUGAUGUAGAUAAAUUCAAAUGCAGUGCACAUUCAAGCCAGUGUUGAUAUUUUGUUCUAUUUUGCUUUAACAGCUUAAUAUAUUGUAGGUGUAUGAUAGCUCUUAUAAAAUCUUUCCCUUUCUUUUCAUGGGUAAAGUCUCAGGAGUUAGUAUAAGAUGAAAUAUUUAUUAUAAAAACCUUCCUGCAUUUGUUUGGAUUGAUGGUGUAAGGCACAUACUUUCUCUAGCACCUGUCAUCUUGGGAGUUAGGUGUAUUUUUUUAUCUGUGACUCUGUACUCAUCUCUCUUCAGAGGUUAUACAGUUGCUGGAUGACUAACUUUCAUAUAUCCCCUUUGGAAUGUAACAAUUAAAGAUAAAACUGAUUUUUGAAAAAUG